AUGUCAACUAUUGCCAGCAAGAUCUUACCUAGAACAAAUAACGGCACUGGCGCAUUUGUGCUUCAAUGUCGCAAGAUGGUAUUUAACUACUGCGAGAAAUGGGGAAGCAACAAGGGCAUGGUUGAAUAUAUCAAGAAAGAUCUCGCCGAAUUCGCAAAGCAACACCCUCAAAUAGAAAUUGUCGUUCAACCUAGACCAGCUCAUCAUCCCAUUGUCCGUGGAUACUACUUAAACGGCCGUGAUAAAGUCAUUUGUACCCGCAAUUUAACACCUGGAGAAAUCAACACUAAAGUAGAACUCUUGAGAGACUCAAGUGGCGAAAAGAUCAAAAACUUGACCAAGAAGCCUGUCAUCUCUACAACCGAAAGUGUUCGUGGCAUCUGGUCACCAUUCAAUUCUAACCCUCACACCAUUUAA